AUUGAUAAGAAGUCGGGUAUCUAGUUAUUAUACAUAUCUGUGAUCACGGCAUAUUCAUAGAAAAUAGUCCCGCGCAUUGUUGCAUUACAAGUUUACAAUUUACAAAGUAAAUUUAGUUAUUUUACUAGUUAUACUUAUAUAUAGUAUUAAUAGAAAUUCAUUUAUUUAUUUUGCUAUAUCUUUAAGUAAAACCAAUUGAAUACUUUGAUCGUGGACUGCGAUCUUACCUAAUUUCCUAUUCUAACUUCUAACAAGUACUACAUAUCUUAUACACAGCAUUUUCUUUUAACUUCUAAGGAAUAAGUGAGACAGUCAGUUAAAAUAAAUAAAUAGGAUAACAUCAAUCAUCAAUGGAGUUCAGCGAUUCACUUCUUGGUUGUUACAUUUCUAAACCCAUUAACCUAAGACAAUUUAAAAUUGAGAAUGCUUAUAAAGUUGAUCAAGUUAAAAUGUCAAGAGUCACUGAUCGUCUAGUAUAUGAAAAAUUAAAAUUAAUUAAUUCAGAUAUUGAUUUAACUGAUUUACCAGAAGAGGUAAAAAAAUGGGAUGAAGAAUUACAGAAAUAUGAUUUUCAAGAUGUUUUUGAUUCACCAGAUGUAUUAUGUGCUCGUUAUGUUUUUCCUAUCUAUGACACUACUAGUAGUAAACUCCAAACGCUUAAUGUUAUGAAAAGUGAUUUCUAUCAGACUAAGAGAACUAAAUUAUAUACUCCGCUACCCAGCUUUACUCCAAGAGGAAAUAUUUUGCCUGGUGAAACUUUAUUAAUAACAAUUUCAGUUUAUUAUCCAUUUCAUUGGACGCAAAAUCAAAUUCCUGAUGAAGCUGUUAUUCCACGUUGUCAAAAAACCCUUCAAUUUUAUGACACACAAACUCUUCAUGAUUUGAAACAAGGAUUUAAAUGUGAAAAUGAAGAAAGUGAAAUCAGCGGCGAUAUAAGCAAAAACCCUCAUAAACCAUUAGAAUUCAUAGUAAACUCAGAUUUGAAGCACGGAUUGUUUUAUAUCAAUAAUAAUUUAUAUGUUGACUCUUUACCUGAUAGAAGUACAUUGAUGCAUGCCGAAACAAUGAAAAGUUGGGCUAGUUGUAAUGGUCAUACUAUUCAAAAUAUAUUAUCAAUGGAUACACAACUUUUGGACUUGGAGGUAUGCAUCGGUCAACCCUAUGUUUAUCAACAUCUAGGACGUUGUGAACAUCUAUUUAUAUUUAAUGAAAUCAACAUUGCUAAAUCUAAUGAUUGUCUUGGCCAAACCAAUUAUCCAAGAGUCAUAAGUGUAGCAAAGGAAAAAUUAAAGAACUGUAUAUUUUGCUAUAAAAAUAUUGCCAGUAUUGUUAUGCUGAACGAUGAUGAAAGAACCCCAUUAACUGUAAAUCAUAUGUGUGAAUCUUGUUUUAAAUCAUAUAACUAUGAUCAUUUAGAUGAUAAAGUGUCGGAUUUUAAAGCUUAUAGAUGUAUAAAAUGGAAAAAAUAACUGAAUAACCAGUUAAUUUGUAAGUUUUUUUUUUUAAUUGAAUUGAAAAAUUAUAUUUUAAUUUUUUAGUUGUUAAUAAGUACUAUAUUAAAUACUAAUGGCUAAGAUAUGUUUUUGUAUAAUUAUAAUUGUUGAAAUAUAAAUAACUGUAAAUACAUUUUCAUGCAUUAAAUAUAAUGAUUGUUGUGUU